AGGUAGGUAGAUGGGGUUCUUGGAUAAUGAUGGGUUGUUACCUGUUGCCAUGGCAGUCAAAAAGGACAAGCCGCUGGUGACUCAUCUGCCACACGUACGUAAAGUAAUAGACGAAGCGCCGCCAGAAUACAUCAUAAUGAUCGUGGUAGCCUUCCUAGAGGUCUUUGCAAUGACCAUCAGCUUGGUUCACAUUGUCAACAAACAUCGAGCCUUCAUGAGGAACAAACCGGGGAUGGUUGGUCCGACCAUAGGACUUCUGUCUUUCUACUGGGUCAUUGCCACGCUAAAUCUGUUGGGGCUGUUCGUGCUGCGGGCUAACUUUCUCUGUCAGACUAUAUGCUCCUGCUAUGACGCACUGAUCGGAUACCUGUUCGCGGUCCUGCUGAUCGCCUACUCUAACGGCAAACUCUCCUACCUCUCGAUCCUGCGCUGGCGAGAAGUGGUUGCGUCCCCGUACUCCUGCUCCUUCAUAUGCUGCUGGGGCGGGGUGGCGCAACCACGUGCUGAGCGCGCCGUCACGUACAUCCUCCAACUACCAGUGAUCCACUGCGCCACCUCACUUGCUGAACUAAUCUGCGAGAACGAGGAGUUGUUCAUUUACCCAGCCCCCCUUACCAAGUCGUACAUCACGUUUGGACUAAAGUGUGCUCAGGGGAUUUCCCUUCUCUUUGCGCUCGUUGGGUUUCUGGUGUUGUGUCGGGCUGCUUCCAUUGUCUCGCCCCGGACGUCCCCCUUUUUAAAGCUCAUUUUUUAUAAAUCCAUCUACAUUUUGUCAGCUAUACAAGGACACGUGCUGCUGUAUCUAGCUUUCCACAAGAUUCUCCCGGCAGCAAGUGAUAUAGCUCCGAUAACGAGAGCUAUCGUGUGGGCUAACUUCGCUACGGUUACGGAGUGUGCAUUCUUUUACUUCAUUGCUAUUAGACUCUACAAAGUCAAAGAGUAUACUGAAUUUCAAUCUUUCAAAACAAGAAAAGUCUCCAAAACGCUUGAGAGGGUCGAAAGUAGAGAUGCGUUCUACCGGUCCACUUUUGAAGGAAAGAAGAUGUCAGGAGAUUCGACAGGAGAAGAUUGCUCAGAAGGAGCCUCAGCAAGCACUCCAGAACUGGAGCUAGACAAGCAGGAUCUGGUUAACUUGAAACUGCUGGGACUCAAAGUCAAACUCCCAGCCGAGGUUGACGAGACUCACUCUAUGUCCAGUUUGAAGGGCCACAACGCCCUGACCUUGAGUUCGGACGAGGAGCCGGUGAAGUACAAGAAAGGCAAGCUAAAGAAGGGAGUUCCAACCUUCAGAUCUGUGGACACAAUGUUGCAUCCAACUCACCACCAGUCCACAACUCCAAAAUCUGCUCAUCUGACUCAGGGAGACAAGGCGGCCACGAUCGGAUACACCAAGUUACCCAUCAAGGAACAGGACGAGGACGUGCCCAAUAUUGAACCCAAGAUACGGAUUGUGGGAGGGAAAGUUAACAUUUCACUUAGCUCCAGAGAUCUUGUGAAACUCUGCCAAUCCUCCAGCAAUACCGAGGAUGUGAGAAAUUCCAUUCCGAUAAGCUUGAGUCUUGAGAAACUGACGGACGAUGAUGUCUCUGUGUGUUCUCCAGAUGAUAGGAAGGACCAUGUUCCUCACCCGAUUCCGAGAGAAAAAAAUCGGGUAAAAUUCGAAGAGACUGAUCAAAAGAAUCGCCAUUCAAUGCAGUUUGUGAAAAGCUUCAACUACAGUCAGCUGAACAGUUCGGAUGGUGAUUCAGAAAGUGAGGGCACGUGCGAGCUGGAACAUUCCGCGCGAAACCCAAAUAAUCACCGGAAAAUAACGGAUCCUUCUCAAUACGUCAGUAAAAUCAGCCUUGUGUGAUUUUGGAUUUUAUUUGUUAGGGCUUUGUAGAUAUUCUGGCGUUGUCUACUCGAAGCUAUGAGGAAUUACCAGCUCGUUAUUUUGAUCUGUUUUUAGGUCAAUUACUUUAGUUAUUUGGUUCGUUAAAACUUGAUGUUUGGCAAACUGUGUGUUGUUAUUUAGCAACAUGUUAGGCGCGUUUAGAUUAAAAACUUAGUGCGCUUUUAAAGAGAUCACGUCAAAUUUUUUAAGUUGGCCAAACUAGUAGAAAUAGGGCCCUCGAUCUCAUAUGUUCGUUUAGUUUCUUAUUUUUUAAAUUUUGAGUCCAUGGUGAUCUCAACUUUAGAUUCUUUACAUCGGGCAAGCUUAGCCAGAUUAAUGGCAGGAUCUUGACUGGAUUUUUCAGGAUUUGACAGUAUUUGUCAGAUUAUUUAUGAAUUUGAUAAGUUGUGCCCAAUGUUCUAGAGACUGGUGAUGCAUGCUAUAAUUGUUUAGUUUUUGUUUCCUCUGGGCUUAGUUAACGAUCGAACCCAAAUUUGUAGGUUUCUCUAAAAGCGAAAGAGAUAAGAUAUUUAUCUAAUUUACAGUAAUAUUUAUUUAUUUUCAAAGACAGUCAAUUUUCAAAGUCUUCAGUUUUUUCUCUAAUCAUGAACAUGAACACUUUGGUAAUGAUAAGUUAAAAAAUAAACGACACAAAAGAUUUUUAACCUGGCGAUUUAACUUUGUAUUACUUACACAGUUAUGUAAAUUACAUCAUUGAUUAAUUAUGUAAGUUACAUAACUAAGUGUGUAACAUGUAUAUUUGGUCAUGAAAUGUGCUAAAAAUCAUGAUCGUUUGUCAAACACAUGCAAUUGCAAUUUAUUUGUUUUAAUAAUAUUGUUAUCUGAUUUUGUUGAAUUCUGAUUUUAUUUAUGGUUAUAACAAAUACACGCAGUAUUUAUAGUUGAAUGUCCUCAAAUUGAAUUGAAAGUUUCUUGUCACA